UCUUGGCGGCAGCGAGUAUCUUGAUCGCACUGGUUGCUGGGAUAUGUUGACAUCACGCGUGGAACCGGGCGCCAAUUUUCUUUGUUUUCCAUGAAAUUUACGAGAAAAAUGCCCACUUAUUUUCGAUAUUUUACCGUCAUUUGCAGACGCAGUAAGUUGAGAAAUUGUAAAUUAGAAUAGCGACAUUUACGACAAAGUUUGGCGGCACAUACUGACCGCACUGGCUGCUGGGAUAUGUUGACAUCACGCGUCAUUUUCUUUGUUUUCCAAGAAAUUUACGAGAAAAAUGCCUGUCAAUUUUGGAGAUUUUAGCGUCAUUUGCAGACGCAGUAAGUUGAGAAAUGGCAAAUGAGAAUAUUGGGGGUUUAUCUGUGCGAAGCUUACAACCGUUUUGACGUGUUACAUUGAUUUCAUUAAACUGAAGACAACACUUACGGCAUACGCCGCCUGUCACAAAGUACGCUGCCAGUUUGCAAAUGUCGGCAAAGUAAAGUGUCGGUUCUUUUCUUCAAGCUUCAAAGAAACAUUGAUCGUCCGCUUCGGCAUUGAUUGAAGACUAGACAAAGUGAGGUCUUCUUUACAUUUGAAUAUGUACUCUAAGUCUUUUUUGUCUUGAUACCAAGCCAAGCUCCUGAGUGAGUAGAGUGAGCUUUGAAGAACAAAGAAAAUGGCGACCAAGAUUUUAGACAAGUUUGCGUCAAGCCCUAUAAAGUUGGGCCUUUCUAGACGGAACUCAGUCUAUUCACAUUUUGUGCGGACACGAUGGCAAGCAAACCGAAGAAGAUACCGAAGAAGACGCUUACGCUGGGGGAGAAGAUCGAGGUCAUCAAACGAUACGAGAGGGGUGGAAUUGGAGCUCGAACCCUGGCUGGGCAGUACGGUGUGGGCAAGACACAGAUUCAGAACAUCGUCAACAGAAAGCAUGAGUACCUUGACGAUUUCGAAAACAACGCACCGGUGAACAAAAGGAGAAAGCUUCUUCACACUGGAAACGAUGAAAUCAACAAACUGUGUUGGGAGUUUUACUGUGACACGACCAGCCGCCUAGUAACAUGUUCUGGGCCGUUGCUACAGGAGCAGGCGUUAAAUUUUGCAAACGAUCUCGGAGUUAUUGAGUUCAAAGCCUCUAACGGGUGGCUGGAGAGCUUCAAAAAGCGCCACAAUCUUGGACUAAGCACUAUGGUAGGUGAAAGUGCCGGGGUUGACAACACUGUGGCCGACGAUUGGAAAGAAAAGCUUCCUCAAAUCAUCGACGGCUACGCACCUCAAGACGUGUACAACAUGGAUGAGUCAGGACUUUUCUACAGGGCAACGUCAACUAAGACUCUGUUCGUAAAAGGUCAGCAGUGUAGCGGAGGGAAGCAGUCAAAAGAGCGCCUGACGAUCAUGCUUUGCUCUAACAUGGUGGGAGACAAGGAGAAGCCACUUGUGAUCGGAAAAUCGCAACGCUGUUUCAAACGCAUCAACACGAAAACCUUGCCUGUGACAUACACAAACAACAAGAAGGCGUGGAUGAACUCGUACUUAUUCACGGACUGGUUGAAAAAGUUGGACAAAAAGAUGGGACGGCAAGGAAGAAAGAUCCUGCUGUUCAUGGACAACGCACCCAGCCAUCCAGCGGUCACCCUACGCAACAUCGAGCUGAAAUACUUCCCGCCCAACACAAUCCUUAGAAAAGUGUUGUGCAUGUAAUUAUUCCAUGUACUAUAAUUGUUAGUUUACAAUGUACUUGUGUUAUGCAUUUGCACACAGAUAAGUAGUAAAGACAUGGAUGAUAGAGUGUGUUAAACUUAAUGAUUGAAGACUUGUCAGUUUACUUUACACAAGUGUUGUACAUGUGUACAUGUAAUUGUUACUAUAAUUGUUAGUGUACUUGUACUAUGCAUUUGCACACAUGUAAGUACUUAAGACAUGGAUAAUAAAGUCUGUGGAACUUAUUGAUUGAAGACUUGUCAGUUUCUUUACUGCCGCCAUGUUGUUUUCUAUAUAAAGACCACCUAUGUAAGAAGACCACUUUUGCUGGGUCAUUUGAGUGGUCUUCUUAUACAGGUUUGACUGUGUUUCGAUACUUUGCCAUUGCGAGAAGCCUCUGAUGUUCCCCUUCAGUUCAAGGUAGUUAAGUAUUUAGUUACGUUAGACAUCCAGGUAAUACGAUACGCCAAAUAGCAAUUACUCAAGCAACUGGAUGUGAUUUUGGAAACAGGCAGAAUCCACUACCUUUCAUUGGUGUCAAAGGUUGACACUGACAGUGUCAGUGAUAAAAGGUAGUGGAUUCUGCCUGAAAUGUCUGACUGUUUCCAAAAUGAUAUACAGUUGCUUGAAUAAUUGCUAUUUUGCAAAGUAAAGUAAUGAUUUUCGUUUGUGUCUUGUCUGUGUUUCUACAAUACAGUCUCUGCAUGUUCCACCAGAGG